AUGUUGCUGCAUCGUUUGCUGCUGCAGCUUUGCUUCGGUAUUAUAGGUUUUGUUUCUUCUUCUUAUGCUGCGCACCGGCGUGUAGAAGGAAGAGCAGCAGCAGCAGCUGCAGCGCCUCAUUGGGGUGCUGCUGCAUCUCGGUUGCAGCAGGAACCUACAACAGAAGAAGAUCGUUUAUCAGCAGCAGCAGCAGCAGCAGCAGCAGCAGCAGAUGAACACGAAGGACCCGACACACCUAGAUCUCCUUUACAGCAGCAGGCUUCGUUGCUGCUGGCAGCAAGCACAAGGGAAGGAGAGAGCAGCAGCAGCAGCAGCAGCAGCAGCGGCAGCAGCAGCAGCAGCAGCAGGAGGAGAGCUUUAGCGCGAGCGUUUUCUGUUGACGGCGGGGUGUCUCCUUCUUCUCCUGUCUCCUUGUCUCCGCCUAUGCCUUCUUCUCCGAUCGAUAUAUCUCUGCUAGAGGCAUUAGAACCAGCAGCAGCAGCAGCAGCAGCAACAGCAGCAGCACCAUCAUCACCUACAGGAGCAUCAUCAUCAUCAUCAUCAGCAGCAGCAUCAUCAUCAGCAGCAGCAGCAGCAGCAGAGGAUCCGCUGCAUGCAUCUCUUCCUCAUCACCCUCUUCUUGCGGAACUGUUUCUUAAGAGACCCUUCUUUACUGUUCAAAACCCUAGAAUUAAGAAGGCGGUGGAGACAUUCUCAGGGCAUCUGUCUUCUUCAGGUAUUACGAUGUGCGGUAGAAGAGAUCAGGAUGAAGAUACUUUAGUCGUAGAUGCAGCGGUGCCGGAGUCUCCUUAUCAUUUGAAGGCUCUCUUCGAUGGGCAUGGGGGUCUCUUUACUUCAAAGUUCUGUUCAGAUAAUAUUCAUAGCUUUCUUA